CCAGGUAAAAAACAAGACAGAUUUUAUACCUUUGAUAAUAAUGCCGAAGGUUUACGUUCCCAAAAAGCGCCCCUACGACGAAAAAGACAUGGAAACAGCUCUAAAACUAAUAGAUAAUGGCACUUUAUCUCUUAGAAAUGCAGCUAAACAUUUUAAAAUUGACAAAUCUGCUCUUUCGAGAAGACGUACUCGUUCACUUGGUAAACAGGGAAGAAAAACUUCUCUAACCAAAGAAAUGGAAGUAGACUUAAGUGAUAAGAUCAAAAUUAUGGCAAAAUGGGGUUUUGCUCUCACUAAACCAGAGAUACAAGCAAUAGUUCAAACCUAUGUACAAGAAAACCACCUUACUACCCAGUUUAAGGAAGGAAAGCCCGGAAAAGAUUGGUUUAAACAUUUUUGUAAGCGCAAUAGACUAAGUCAAAAAAAGCUUGAACAACUGGAAAGAUGCAGAAGGACAGCUACAAAUGAUCCAUUCAUCAUCUUCGGCUUUUACGAUCGCCUGAAUACUUGCAUAUCUGAUUUGAAAUUACAAGACAAGCCUAGACACAUUUGGAAUUUAGACGAGACCAGUUUUUCUUCUGACCCAGCCAGAAUAAAAGGCGUUGCUGGUAUUGGUCAGAAAGUUCACCGGAACAUAGAGCUGUCAGGAGAGGAAAAUACCACCGUAAUAGCCUGCAUUUCAGCAAGUGGUACUUUGUUACCUCCUCUAAUAAUUUUCCAAGGGCAAAAUUUAUGGAGCAGUUGGAAAGGUAAGACCGAUUUACCAAAUACAUGUUAUGCAGCCUCAGAUAAGGGACGGAUGACUUGUCAGAUUUUUCAAGAGUGGUUCCAAAAGUUUUGUGCACAGGUUCGUGAACGCCCACUUCUUGUCAUACUGGAUGGACAUGUUACCCAUUUGGAUAAAUCGACGAUAGAAAUGGCUGUGCAAGAAAAUAUAACUUUAUUGAAACUCCCCGCUCAUACAACUGACUUGCUGCAACCGCUUGCCAGAUGUUGCUUUGGUCCAUUUAAAUUUAAAUGGAAUGAAGCUUUGAUUAACUGGCAAAGACUUAAUCAGAGAAAACCCUCUAGAAGUGAAUUUAGUGAUUUGAUAUGCAGCAUUUGGAAUGAGGGUUUAUCUGCAGAAAUGAUUAAAUCUUCGUUUGAAAAGGUUGGGAUAUUUCCAUGCGAUAAGAAUAGAUAUCCAGAAGAUCGCUUAGAUCCUGCAAAGCUACUUAGAUAUAAAGCACAUGGGGUGAUUGAAAAUCCGCUUGAUAUUUUCGAAGAUUGCGAUGAAGAAACUCCACUACCGCAGACCGAACAGUUUAUUGAAUCUGUUCCAGAUCAAUCUAACAGUGCUUCUUCCAAGCCAUCUAGCUCCUUUGAAUCGUUACUUCUGGAGAAAAUUCGAAGAACCCCAAACAUAAUAGCAAGAAGAAGAAAAAUAGACUCUAUGGCAAAAGUCCUAGCAACAAAAGGAAAUACAGGAGAAAGAACAAAAUAAGAAAAGUCAUAAAGGUGUGAAAUCUACAAAAUCAAAAAAGAAGCAAAAGGCGAGUAAAACAGUAGUUGAGAGUGACAGUGAAAGCAGCAUUAACGAACAGCUAGUUUUUCAAAACUUUCUUUGAACUUUUUCAAUGUCAUGCGCGUAGCAUCCGUAACAUGGGUUCCAUACAAUACCUGCUUACUAAAAUUUAGAGCCUAAAUAUACUAAGUGACAUAUAAAUCCGAACACCCAGUUUAAAUGGUUUCAUUUUAAUAAAAGUUGGUGAAUGUAUUUAUCUUACUGUAAAUAACAAGUGAAAAAAUUUU